UUGAUUUCCAGUCUUGCUAUUUACGCGUUGCACUGGCACUUCCCUUCUCCUCUUUUUGCUUUCGCCCUCUGAAAUUGGCUUCAGAAUUGCUGCUCCUUCGUUUUCCUUAUCUAUUUGAUUACUCUCUAUAAACAAUUGCAAACAAUUUGCAUUCACUUGUUUGGAAAGGCUUGAAAUCUUCUACCACCAGUCUAUCAGUAUAGUAGGAGUCUAAUGUGGACAUCAUGGUUUUCAAGAUUUGAGUUUUCAUUUCCCUCUACAUGUUCACUUUUCCGUCUUCCUAAAUAGGACCCCAGUUGAGACCUUAUACUCUUGAUGAUGUUCGAGGAAAUUCCUUAUCCAAAUUGUUUUAGGAUCUGCACGUUGUCUCUGUUUCUUGGUUGUGCUUGUUGGAUAUCUGUCUAUUGGAAAUGUUAUGGCGCAAAUUUCUUGAUUUUUUUUAUCGUAGCCUUGAUGUUUUGAAAGCUAUUCGCCUCGGUUGAUUUUUGUUCACAUGUUUCCUGUGUCACUCAGUAAGAGCAGAUUAACAUGCGAUGAUGCAGGGAUAUUUAAUUGUAAUUGCAGGCUACUGAAAUCCUUUGUCUAAGAAAUCCAAAAAGGGUUCUUUUCUGGCAUUUGGCUGGGAAAAUUAUUUGUCUUCUUUCAGUUAGAUGCUUGAUAUUCGCAAACUACUAGUACGAGUAGUUUAGUCUUCAAUCAUUUUGUGAAAGGGCCAACAGUAGUUUGCAUCUUUUUUCUUUUAUAAGAAAACCUUGCAUCUCAUUAUACGUUACCUACUCCCUCAACUAAAUUAGGUUGUGGGAUCUGUGCUGGGCUAACUGAAGAAUAGAAAGAAGUGGUCUUGCAGGCUGAUGGAGUGCCCUUUGCCUGGUCAAGGGCAUGAACAAAAGUAUGAAGUCAAAUCCUGCACUUUGUGUUCAAAGGAAACUGAUAAGGGAAGAGUUGAUAUACUAUUCUUCGAAGAAUAUAGAUUUGUCUUCUCAGAACCAUGGGAGAGAUACUUUCAGUAAUCGCAUAAUUUUUAAAUACUAAUAUCAUGCUGCCAUUCAUAAGAUCUUGUGAUGAUAAAGUCACAGCACAACCCAUCAAUUACACCAUUUUCCUCUUUGACCCAAGGACAUGGCAAUUGUUUUUGGAGGUCAUUUGUACAAGUACUUGUACUAUGAAAAGCAUCUAGGUCAGCUGUCCAAAUGGAAAACUGCUAAAGAAAUGGCUGCUGUUGUACGGUCCCUGCUUACCCAAUAACAGCUGAAGCAAAUCUUCGUGACUCAUGAAAAAAUGUUGGAUGCUUAGUGGUUUACUUCCUUUGCCUUUUCAUGCAUGGUCUGAGAUUGAGAAUUUGGUGAUUUAAUAUUGAUAUCUACUGUAUCCUAAACGGUCUGCUUUGACAUCUAUGAUGAUAGGUUGAAAAGUAUCUCAACCUACGAUCGGUUCUCUCAUCUGAUUCUGACUUGGUGUGAAGAAUGAGGCGCAUGUCGGGGAAAAAACAAAAAACCAAUUGUGUAUGGGAGGAGUGGGGGGAUAAUAGUCUUGUCAUCACUUUGAGAUUGCAGCAUCCCUUAACUAACAGUUGAAGUGUGUUAAGUGACAGAAAAUAAACAUUAAGGGUAACUGACAUUACUGGUAUAUUUUAUGGGUAUAUGUGAUGAAUCCAUAAGAUUAGUUUUUGUGUGAACUACUUGUGUUACUUAUCGUGUUAAUGGUAAUCCUUUUUGUUAUCUUUUUCUUCGGAGAAAGAAUCAGUUUUGUUUUAGGGCAAACUUACUAUGGGAGAAACACCAUCAGACAAAAAAGGGUGCUCUACUUCUACUAUAGUAAAGAUUAUCGUGGAGUCCAUGGUUGCUCAAAUAUGCAGAGCCUGAGAGCUUCCAUUUUGAGUUAUGUGAGGAUCAGAGUUUCUAUCAGGGAGCAGUUUUUCGCUCGAGAUGUGAAUGCACUAAGCAGACUCAGCAUGCAACUGCAUGCAUGCAGCACCUCUUCCAGUUCCAGCAGUGACCAAAUAAUGGAACGAGUGGUUUCACUGGUUAAGAAGUUUUCCAGUGUUGAUGCUACAAAGGUUACUGAAACUGCUGACUUCCAGAAGGACUUGAGCCUUGACAGUCUUGACAGAGUAGAACUUGUCAUGGCUUUUGAGCAAGAAUUUUCUGUCGAGAUACCAGAUGAAGAAGUAGACAAACUUAAAUGUUGUGCAGACGUAGCUAAAUAUAUAACAUCAGGAGCAGGUCAUCAAAACGCAGAAGGCUCCUGAUUUUGUGGGAUGUAGCAAUGCUUUUUCAUUUUUGGCAUAGACAUAUUAGUGAUGGAGCCUUUUAAACGCUGUUUAUUUGGAAUUCAAAAUGGAUUAUUUUCAAUUUCUGCCGUCCACCCUUCCAAUUUUAUAUAAAGAGAACCCGUUGCUUUCGUUUA